AUGCGUCACGUCCUUAUCCUCGAAGAUCGCGAAUCGGUCGCCUUUCCGGAGAGUCAUGCACAGGGCUUGAUUCCUUUCUGUCAAGGCAAUCGUCUUCUCCGUGUCGAGCGCCGAUUCGACCUGUGGAGAAAUAUUUUCCAAUCCGGGGCUCGUAGCAACGGGUGGAACCAGAUGCACCGACUGAAUGCCAGCGAAAAACGUGGGAACGGUCUGGGUUCCAUGGAAGUUGUCACACCCGUCGCCAGGUUCAUUGUCGAAGCAUUCGCACUGACUGGCCCCACGCUCGGAAUGCCUAUUGGCUCAUUUACCGCCUUCUUCGACGGUGGCCCAGCUUCAGCAGCUGAACUAUGUGCAACUAUCUUCGACACUACCGUCCGCCGCGAGGCCGCGUGGCAGAUCGCUAUAAGAGAGAGCUAUGCACGCAAUCUAGUGUCAUCCCGACCGUUCGCCAACGCGAACUAUUUCGAGCAAAGGCAGAAAGAACUUGAUAACGACUUCACCCACCCACUGGAGACGUACCCACGAGCGCUCGCGGAGAUUGGAAAUACCGAGGGGUGUAUCAGACGCUGCAACUUUCCUGUUACAGCCUUGCCGUCGACUGAAGAGGUCGAAGACCUCAUAGCGAGACACCGCAAUAGGCCAAGGCUGGGGGGCUCGUCCGAUGCCCAUAAGACAGAAUGCCAAGCAAGACAGAUUGUCAAGACCGUACAGCCCUUGCCCUCGUGGUCCGACCUUUUGCGCGAGGGGCUUACGGGUAGUGAGCGGCAACAGAGAUACGAGGACCGUCGGCGCACCUGA